CGUUAAUUUUUUUUUUGUAAGCACUUGUUCCUUUCGUCUUGCUCUUCUUUACCCGUUAGACGGAGGAGUACCAACAGAAAAACGAGCAUCGCCGGAGAUGGCAGCACCGGGAGGCGGAAUGUUAGACGGAGUACAGACGGCGCAACCACCAGGAACAGACAUGACCGGAAUUUGCUUCCGUGAUCAAUUAUGGCUCAACACUUACCCUCUCGAUCGUAAUCUCGUCUUCGAUUACUUCGCUUUAUCACCUUUCUACGAUUGGACUUCAAACAACGAACAACUCCGAAUGCGAUCUCAGCAUCCACUCGAUCUCUCUCAACUCACGAAAAUGACGGGUAUAGAGUAUGUGUUGAGUGAAGUAAUGGAGCCUCAUCUUUUCAUUAUGAGGAAACAGAAGAGAGAUGGCCCUGAUAAAAUUACUGCAAUGCUUGCUUAUUACAUUUUGGAUGGUUCAAUUUAUCAAGCUCCACAAUUAUCCAAUGUUUUUGCUGCUAGAAUUGGAAGGGCACUCUAUUAUAUUGAAAAAGCAUUUACUACAGCUGCGUCAAAGUUGGAGAAGAUAGGAUAUGUUGAUUCUGAAAACGAGACUACAAUACCGGAACCAAAGGCGGCUAAGGAGACAAUUGACUUAAAAGAAAUUAAGCGAGUGGAUCAUAUUCUUGCAUCCUUGCAACGCAAGCUUCCACCAGCUCCUCCUCCACCACCAUUUCCAGAAGGGUAUGUUCCGCCUUCAACAGCAGAAACUGAUAAAGGCUCUGAAACUCAGGAAGCAACUGAGACACAAGAACCUACUGUUGAUCCCAUAAUUGAUCAGGGACCUUCAAAAAGAAUGAAGUUUUGACAUAAAAGACAAACAGCAAUAGCUAUCAAUAUUCAGUUGAAGAGGAGGCUUAGGCCUCAAAUUGGGCAGGAACUUGAAUUUGCCUCUGAAAACAGUCUUCCAGUUGCAGAUCACAACCUUUGGUUCAAUGUUGAUUUUGUGUUGGAGAGGUUAUUGGUUGAAAAUAGUGAAGUGUAAAUCAUAAAAUCGUAAUCUAUCAACCAAUGUAAGUCAUGUAUAUGCGUUGAAUCUACUAUAAAAAAGGAUCGAUGUUGUUUUGUUUCUUUUGUAAUCUACCCAUCCACUGUGUAGUGGAGACUGGAAGUUUAACUGAA